GAAGACGAAGGGAGGAAGUUGUGCAUGGCAGAUGGGCCACAGCCACAUGCACCACAUCCACUUUGCGUCACCCUUCGAGAACACAGACAGUUGCUGAACCCAAUUGCCAUUUGUUUGGUCUCAAACAGGCACUGUUGGUUUUCCUUUUUUUGCUUCUUACCCUGAGUCCUGCCCAGUGAAAAUUUAAGCCACAACAAACAAAAAGAAAAAAGGCUGAACAUUUAAAAACAAGGCCCCUUUUCAGAGGAAACUAGUUCUGAUACUCCAACGUCUUCACUCUCGGUCUUUCCGCCCAACAUUUAACUACCCUUUUCGUUUUACACUGUUAUUCGAACGUCCUCGUUUCGAUCUCUUCUUGAAAAGUAAGCUGAAAGCCCCUUUUUCUGUGAAGCCCCCCAUUGCUUUGGUUUUUUUGUAAUGCUGAUCACUUGAAUUGGGUCCCUUACUUUCCCAAAUCUUUCAGCUUCAGCUUCGAAAUUUUGAAGGAGGACAGAAAGAGGUAGAUUCUGCCAGGGGAACAAAACCCUAUAAAUAUGAGUGCUUAUAUUGUUGGUGCUCUUGUCCCUAUUGUAUUUACACUUCUCCUUCGGAGUUCAAAGAAUGUGAAGAAGCGAGGAGUGCCAAUUGAUGUUGGUGGGGAACCCGGGUAUGCAAUCCGAAACAGUCGAUUUCCUUCCCCAGUUGAAACGGCAUGGGAAGGUAUAUCUACUCUUGCAGAACUUUUUGAGCAGGCAUGUAAGCAACACCACGAUAAACGCUUGCUUGGAACGAGGAAAUUGAUUUCAAGGGAAGUUCAAGUAACUGAAGAUGGAAGAUCAUUUGAGAAGGUUCAUUUGGGAGACUAUGAAUGGUUGACAUAUGGGAAAGCAUUUGAAGCUGUGUGCAACUUUGCUUCUGGAUUAGUUCAACUCGGUCAUAAAAAGGAAGAACGUGUGGCAAUCUUCGCUGAUACAAGAGAAGAAUGGUUCAUUGCACUGCAGGCAUGCUUUAGGCGCAACGUCACUGUGGUGACAAUAUAUGCAUCUUUAGGGGAAGAGGCUUUAUGUCAUUCAUUAAAUGAGACUGACGUUACCACGGUGAUUUGCGCAAACAAAGAACUAAAAAAGCUUGUCAACAUUAGUGGGCAACUUGACACUGUCAAACGUGUGAUCUGUAUGGAUGAUGAGAUUCCAACUAGUGCAAGUGGUAGAUGGACGAUCACUUCUUUUGCUGACGUGGAGAGAAUGGGCUGUGAAAAUCCAGUUGUUGCUGAUUUACCUCUUUCAGCUGAUGUUGCAGUUAUAAUGUAUACUAGUGGAAGUACUGGAUUGCCUAAGGGUGUGAUGAUGACACAUGGCAAUGUACUAGCUACUGUUUCUGCAGUCAUGACAAUUGUUCCUGGACUUGGAAGCAAGGAUGUUUAUCUUGCAUAUUUACCCCUUGCUCAUAUUCUUGAAUUAGCAGCUGAGAAUUUAAUUCCUGCUGUUGGAGGUGUCAUAGGAUAUGGAGCCCCUUUGACUCUCACCGACACAUCUAGCAAGAUAAAAGCUGGAACAAAGGGGGAUGCCACUGUGUUGAGUCCAACUGUGAUGGCUGCUGUCCCAGCAAUUCUUGAUCGUGUUCGAGAGGGAGUGCGGAAGAAGGUAGAUGCAAAGGGUGGACUAUCCAAGAAAUUGUUUGACUUGGCUUAUGCCCGUAGAUUAUCUGCAAUAAACGGUAGUUGGGCUGGUGCUUGGGGCCUGGAAAAGCUAUUGUGGAACUUUCUUGUCUUCAAAAAGGUCCGAGCAAUUCUAGGUGGUCGCAUUCGAUUUUUACUAUCUGGUGGUGCUCCUCUAUCUGCAGAUACUCAGAGAUUUAUCAACAUCUGUCUUGGUGCUCCAAUUGGCCAAGGGUAUGGCCUGACUGAGACUUGUGCUGGUGCCACCUUCUCUGAGGUUGAUGAUACAUCUGUUGGACGUGUUGGUUCACCACUUCCUUGCUCUUUUGUUAAGUUAAUAGAUUGGCCUGAAGGUGGAUAUUUAACUAGUGAUUCACCAAUGCCUCGUGGAGAAAUAGUGGUCGGUGGUCCAAGUGUAACACUUGGAUACUUCAAAAUGGAAGAAAAAACAAAAGAAGUGUACAAGGUUGAUGAGAGAGGAAUGAGGUGGUUCUAUACUGGUGAUAUAGGACAGUUCCAUGCUGAUGGUUGCCUUGAGAUAAUUGACCGUAAAAAGGACAUAGUCAAACUUCAGCACGGGGAAUAUGUCUCUUUAGGAAAGGUUGAGGCUGCUCUCAUCAUCAGUACCUAUGUCGACAAUAUUAUGUUGCAUGCUGAUCCAUUUCAUAGUUAUUGCGUGGCUCUUGUGGUGGCUUCUCAGCAUGCAGUGGAAGAUUGGGCUUCAAAGCAAGGAGUUGCUUUCACUGAUUUUGCAGACUUGUGUGAGAAGGAAGAAACUGUCAAGGAAGUACAUUCGUCUCUCGUUCAGAUUGCCAAGAAGUCACGUUUGGAGAAGUUUGAGAUUCCUGCAAAAAUCAAAUUGCUUUCUACUCCUUGGACUCCAGAAUCUGGCCUUGUCACUGCAGCUCUCAAGAUCAAGAGAGAGGCCAUUAGAAAAGCUUUCUCUGAAGACCUGGCUAAGUUAUAUACGUCAUAGUUUCAAGAGGACUUAAGCUUCUACUGGUGACUUUGCCAAUCUUGAAGAAUGGAAGACUAGUGUGAGAUAAUAUGAUCAAUCCUACAUUUACACAUUCCUUGUCUUGUGUUUAACUAUAUAUUCUUUCUUUUAGCUUUAUCAUUGCAAUUCAUGUUUUAUGCUCAAGAAACUACAGAAAAACACUGCUUUUUGCCUGUCUUCAAACAGGGUUGUUAGAUGCAAAUCUCUUUCCUUGGGUUCCACAUGUACUUGUCUGUGCUUAAAGCAAACCCAAAAGGUUUUGUUGUUUA